AACAAUUGCAUCCGACGGUUUCACAGAGACGAGCUCACCGGCUUGGAAUGAAUUAAACUGUAGAUGGAAAGACGAACAAGAGAGGAGAACCUAAAUUUAGCUAGGCCCUGUCGUCCCCUUCCUAUCACACGCUAAUCUGCCAAGCAAAACGCAAGCAGAGAGAUCUGAGGGGGAAAAAAAAAAAAAGAGAGAAAAAAAAAUAUAAAAAAUCGUAAUCGGCUAUCUUACAUUUCUAUGAAUCCAGCGCAACACCGCGAGUUUCAAGAAUGGUGGAACAAACAACGCCAGUUUCUAUACCAAUCCGACGACGCUUUGCUCACUGUCGAGAUCCGCAGCCCCACUACACCCGAUAACACCGUCGACAAAGGCCAUACUCGCAGUGCCCGCCAGCUCUCCUGGCUUUGGCUUCUCAAAUUCCAGCAACUCGCUAGCUCCCUCGCUUGGUUCACAAACGCCUUGUUUUAUAUCCUCCGUACUGCCAACCGUAGGAUCGCUAGCCCAGACUCACUCUCCGAUUCAUCCUCCUCGCGCCUGUAUAGGAUCAUUAGAGUGUUCUUGAUUCUGGUCAUUUUGUUACUCUGCUUCGAGUUAGUUGCGUAUUUUAAGGGAUGGCAUUUCAGCCCGCCGUCGGUGGAGUCCGCCGAGGCCAUGGUGGAGAGAGUGUAUGCCACAUGGUUGGAAAUCAGAGCGAAUUACUUAGCGCCGCCGCUGCAGAGCUUGACCAAUGUGUGCAUUGUUUUGUUCUUGAUACAGUCGGUGGAUCGUGCGCUUUUGGUGUUGGGGUGUUUUUGGAUCAAGGUUAGGAAAUUGAAGCCGGUAGCGGCUGUGGAGUAUGGAAAUGUGGAUGGAGAGAGUGUGGAGGCGUAUCCCAUGGUGUUGGUGCAGAUCCCUAUGUGCAAUGAGAGGGAGGUUUACCAACAAUCUAUUGCAGCGGUUUGUAUCCAGGACUGGCCAAAGGAGAGAAUGCUUAUACAGGUUUUGGAUGAUUCUGAUGAGUUAGAUGUCCAACUCCUUAUCAAGGCAGAAGUGCAGAAAUGGCAACAAAGGGGUGUACACAUAAUGUAUAGACAUCGUCUUAUACGCACCGGCUACAAGGCUGGCAACCUCAAAUCUGCAAUGAGCUGUGAUUAUGUAAAAGAUUAUGAAUUUGUGGCAAUAUUUGAUGCAGAUUUUCAGCCAGGACCUGAUUUCUUGAAGAAAACUAUUCCUUACUUCAAGGGGAAUGAUGACCUAGCAUUGGUCCAAACAAGGUGGGCCUUUGUAAACAAGGAUGAGAACUUGCUUACAAGACUGCAGAACAUAAACUUAUCAUUCCACUUUGAGGUUGAGCAGCAAGUCAAUGGUGUCUUCUUGAACUUCUUUGGUUUUAAUGGAACUGCUGGUGUAUGGAGGACUAAGGCCCUUGAGGAUUGUGGUGGUUGGAUGGAACGGACAACUGUUGAAGACAUGGAUAUUGCUGUUCGUGCUCACCUUUGUGGAUGGAAGUUUAUCUAUCUGAAUGAUGUUAAGUGCCUUUGUGAACUUCCAGAGUCCUAUGAGGCAUACAAGAAACAGCAGCACCGCUGGCAUUCAGGUCCAAUGCAGUUGUUCCGCUUGUGCUUCCUUGAUGUACUUCGCUCAAAGGUGAGCUUGGGCAAGAAAGCAAAUUUGAUAUUUCUUUUCUUCCUUCUACGGAAGCUUAUCCUUCCUUUUUAUUCCUUCACUCUCUUCUGCAUCAUCCUACCGCUAACCAUGUUCCUACCAGAAGCUCAGUUACCAGCCUGGGUUGUUUGUUAUGUCCCUGGGAUCAUGUCUAUCUUGAAUAUCCUUCCAUCACCUCGAUCAUUCCCAUUUAUAGUUCCUUACCUUUUAUUUGAAAACACCAUGUCUGUAACCAAAUUCAAUGCCAUGAUAUCAGGAUUAUUUCGAUUUGGAAGUUCUUAUGAGUGGAUAGUUACAAAGAAGUUAGGGAGAUCAUCAGAGGCAGACUUAAUUGCCUUUGCUGAAAAGGAAUCAGAUUCAAUAAUCAAAACUAGUAGUCUUGACAGGUCUUCCUCAGAUUCAGGUUUGAAUGAGCUGAGCAAGCUGGAGAACAAGAAAGCAGCGAACAAGAGAAAGAAUCGUUUGUACAGGAAGGAACUUGCUCUGGCAUUGAUACUGUUAACUGCAUCAGUGAGAAGCUUGUUGUCUGCUCAAGGAAUUCACUUUUACUUCCUACUAUUUCAAGGGAUCAGUUUCCUAGUUGUUGGUCUUGAUUUGAUUGGAGAACAGGUUAGUUAAAUACAGGAUUCCAAUAUUCCAGAAUUCUUGGCCAAACCUCUAUGGAGGGAUUUGGCCUGUAUGCAUUCGCUAUAGUGACGACGACGACCCCUUAUAUACACCCAAAAAUUUGUAAAGUAGAGCCCUCACCAUUGGAACUUGUUCAUUGGUUCUCAGCUCUGGACUGGAGCAAAAUUUGAUUCAUUUGUGCUAUUUAUUCACUUACUGGGUGAAGGAGAAGGGACCAUUGUAUCAUUGUGGUGGUCAGUCCACAUGUUGGUUAGUUAAAGUUGUGUCCGAAUGUUGGUGGAGGUUAGAGAAAUAUCCAAAAUUGAUGCUGAACAAUACAUUGAUUGAUUUUCUUAUCCGAUUUGUAGGGUUAAAGCACUAUUAGAUCAUAAAUAUGUUCAUUCUUUUUCCACAGAUUGUUUACAAGCAUUGUAAAACCCUAAUUAGUUCAGUGAUCGAAUGUUCCAACAUUUGUCAGCCUA